AAGCUCUAUGCAGUUGCAACUCGCAGCCACGCACGAUCGAGUCACAGACUCCAAAAUUAGAACAAUGGAAAAACAAUCAAAAUUGCUGUUACUUCUUGCAGUACUAGCUCUCAUUCAAGGGACAAAAGGUCACGCGAGAACCUUCACACGAUGCCAGCUUUCAAGAGAGCUUCUACGAUACAACUUUCCAAGAAGCUUAAUACCUAACUGGGUAUGCCUGAUCGAGCACGCGAGCGGCCGCACGACGGACAAGGUGACCAACCAUAACAACGCCUACACCAGUUACGGUCUAUUCCAGAUAAACAACAAGGAGUGGUGCAAAAAGGGCAGAAAAGGCGGUCACUGCAGCAUGAAAUGCGAAGAUCUGGUGAACGAAGAUUUGGCUGAUGACGUGCGAUGUGCUAAGAGGGUCUACGAUAGGGUCGGUUUUAAAGCCUGGCCUUCCUCCUACGCCUACUGCAAGGAAAAGAGCCUACCGGAUCUGUCGCGAUGCUAAUUUUGUAUGUUUUUGGCAAACUUUUUGAACAAAUUACUUUGUUGUAAGUAACGUUUUGUUUUAUUAAAUAAAAUAACAAAAUCCAAAUUACUACUUUUUAACUGUUUGUUACUACUUGUCGCUGUCUCUACUUCUUCAAUGAGAAUAAAAGAGAUAAUAAUGCUGUUUUCUACGUAUUUUAAUAGUGGAAACACGUCAAUGUUCAAGAAGUUUGCCGCCAUCUGUAAUCACUAAGGCCUUGAACGCACUGUUUUAUCGCGCGAUUUUUUUGGUUUUAUAAAAAAAUGCAUGCAAAAGUUACAAAAAAAUUGCUGCGAUUUUGUUUCACAAGUGUGUACUAGGCCUUAUAGUAAUCAUUUUUACUUUUACUAACAUUGAUA